AUCCCUGCAGCUCCCUCAGCCCACCGUGCUUCACUGAGGAGGACCGGUUCAGCCUAGAAGCUCUCCGCAUGAUCCAUAAGCAAAUGGAUGAUGACAAAGAUGGUGGGAUUGAAGUAGAUGAAAGUGAUGAGUUUCUCCGGGAAGAUAUGCAAUACAAGGAUGCCUCUAAUAAGCAUAGUCACCUGCACAGAGAAGACAAACAUAUCACCAUAGAGGAUCUGUGGAAGCGCUGGAAAACGUCUGAAGUUCAUAACUGGACUCAAGAGGACACGCUUCAGUGGCUGUCAGAAUUCGUUGAACUACCCCAAUAUGAAAAGAAUUUUAGAGACAGCAAUGUCAAUGGAACGACGCUUCCCAGGAUAGCAGUAAAUGAACACGCUUUCAUGAUCUCUCACUUGAAAAUAAUUGACCGGAGCCAUAGACAGAAGCUUCAGCUUAAAGCCUUGGAUGUUGUUUUAUUUGGGCCUCUCACACGUCCCCCUCACAACUGGAUGAAGGAUUUCAUAUUGACAGUUUCUAUAGUUAUUGGCUUUGGAGGCUGCUGGUUUGCGUAUACCCAGAACAGAACCUCAAGAGAACAUAUCACAAAAAUGAUGAAGGACUUGGAAAGUCUCCAAACAGCAGAACAAAGUCUUCUUGACUUGCAGGAAAGGCUUGAGAAGGCCCAAGAAGAGAACAGAAACGUUGCUGUGGAAAAGCAAAACCUGGAGCGCAAAAUGAUGGAUGAGAUCAACGACGCCAAACGGGAAGCUCAUCGCCUGAGGGAGCUGAGGGAGGGAGCAGAAUGUGAGCUCAGCAGGCUCAAAUACGCAGAGGAAGAGCUAGUACAGGUUCGCAUGGCUUUAAAAAAGGCUGAGAAGGAGUUUGAGCUGAGAAGCAAUUGGUCUGUUCCUGAGGCUUUGCAGAAGUGGCUGCAGUUAACACAUGAAGUCGAAGUGCAGUAUUACAAUAUCAAAAGACAACAUGCAGAAAUGCAAUUAGCAAUUGCCAAAGAUGAGGCAGAAAAGAUAAAAAAGAAGAGAAGCACUGUGUUUGGAACAUUACAUGUUGCACACAGCUCCUCCCUGGAUGAAGUGGACCAUAAAAUCCUUGAAGCAAAGAAAGCUCUCUCUGAAUUGACGACGUGUUUGCGAGAGCGGCUUUAUCGAUGGCAACAGAUUGAGAAGAUUUGUGGCUUUCAAAUAGCACACAAUUCUGGGCUGCCAAGCCUGACCUCCUCUCUCUACUCUGAUCACAGCUGGGUAGUUAUGCCUCGAGUUUCCAUUCCUCCUUACCCGAUCGCGGGGGGAGUCGAUGACUUAGAUGAAGACACCCCUCCAAUAGUUUCACAGUUUCAUGGGUCCAUGGUAAAGCCUCCCAGCACGCUGGCCAGAAGCAGCAGCUUGUGUCGCUCGCGCCGCAACGUGGUGCCGUCGUCUCCGCAGUCCCAGCACGCCCUGCACUCCCCCGACCCCGACAUCCUCUCCGUCUCCAGCUGCCCCGCUCUUUAUCGAACCGAAGAGGAGGAGGAAGCCAUUUACUUCUCUGCUGACAAACAAUGGAUCAAAAGCAGUGUCAGCUACUGGGCGAAGAGAAGAUGGAUGGUAACACAAUUCUUACAGCAUGUUGAGCGUGUCCCUACUCUUGUUACAUGGCCUCAUAGGAAAAGGUUAAAUUCCUUUUGGAAGGAGCAAAUGAGCUUGUUGAAAGGGAAGUACAGGAAACAGGUUCGGAAUGUGACUCCUUAAAUUCCUCCAUUGGAAGGAAGCAGUCUCCUCCAGCCAGCCUUGAGAUGUACCAGCCACUUUCUCCUCAGAAAGUAUCUCCAGAAGAGUUCUCACUGGAGGAAUCGUCUACGGGAGACUCCUCUUCUCUAACUGCAGAUAUCUCCAGGGGCUCUCCUGACUGUGUAGGCAUGGCAGAAACUAAGAGCAUGAUCUUUAGUCCUGCCAGCAAAGUUUAUAACGGAAUCCUGGAGAAGUCCUGCAGCAUGAACCAGCUUUCCACUGGGAUCCCAGUCCCCAAGCCCCGGCACACCUCCUGCUCUUCAGCCGGCAGCGAGAGUAAACCCAGCCCCGAAGCUGCCUCCGUCCCCAGGAUAAGUAGCAUCCCCCAGGACCUCUACCAAAACGGGGAAAAAAACAAAAAGCCAUCGAAAAUAAAAAGCCUCUUUAAGAAGAAGAGUAAGUGAGGUGGGCAGAAGAAGCCCCCGGAGCGAUGUUAUAAGAACUCUUAUUUUUUAAAUCUUUAGGAAUGUAAUUCCAUUGGAGCGUUGGCCAAUGGAUGCCCCAAUGGAAUGCUCUGUAGGUCAACUCUAUUUAACUGACUGUACUGUCCAAGGCCCUGCCAGCUGUCAAUGAGAAAUCAUUAAAAAGUUCAGACAGUUUACAUUCA